AUGGUGACCACGUCGCUGAAAACGCAGGUUGUCGCGCUUGAAGCGCCACCUGUCUGGCUCUUCGAGCCGACGCUCGACAAUUACCGCGAGGCGCUGUUCGAGGACGGCGUUUUGCAAACGCUGAUCAACUCGUUGAUCAUCGCGAUUUCAACCACCGCGCUGGCGUUGGUGCUCGGGAUACCGGCUGCCUUCGCGCUGGCCCGGUUUGAGUUCCGCGGCAAAAAGGACCUCUGGUUUUGGUUCAUUACAAACCGGAUGAUCUCGCCCAUUGUACUGGCGCUUCCAUUCUUUCUGAUCGCCCGCAAUCUCAACCUGCUCGAUCGGCACAUCACGCUUAUCCUGAUCUAUCUGACGUUCAACCUGCCCAUUGUCAUUUGGAUCGUCACCGAUCAGUUUCGCGGAAUACCCAUUGAACUCGAUGAAGCCGCCCGUAUGGAAGGUGCGUCACAGUUCACAAUCAUGAGCAAAAUCUGCCUGCCGCUCGCCAUGCCCGGCGUGGCGGUAUCCGCAAUCUUUUCGUUCAUCUUCUCAUGGAACGAGUUGAUGUUUGGCCUGGUGCUGACGCGAACCGACGCCAAAACCGCGCCAGCGAUGGCGGUGUCCUUCAUGGAGGGCUACAACCUGCCUUAUGGGAAGAUCAUGGCGACGUCGACCCUCAUCGUGAUCCCCGUCUUGAUCUUUGCGCUCAUUGCUUCCAAGCAGCUUGUCCGAGGCCUCACGAUGGGCGCCGUGAAGUGA